AUGUUCCCAUAUGGAUUCCCUCCUCCUGUCAAGCUUUCGGAGGAGUUAUCUUGGCAGCACUUUGAUCAAGUUACUCGGCAGUCGCUCCCUGGACCAUCGUUCCAUGACACGUCCCUCCACCUGCCCUUAGAUUUUGAUUAUGAUCCCUCCGUGUUUGACGUAACCACAGCGUCGACUUUUUCUGGCGUACUCACACCUGCUUUGGAGGAGGAGGGUGAUGGCCUCUCGAAUGCUCCUAAGCAUGGAAUUCCCAAAGUAAUGUCAGACGGCCGGAGGAAGACCCUUGAAGACGUCAGGCCCAUAGAAGUCAAGUCCGUCCCUUAUAAUUGGCGCUCUGGCCGCAUGCGUCGUGCGCAGGACAUACCUCUGGUGAAGAACUGGUAUCUGGAGCAUUGUCCUCCUAACCAGCCAGUCAAAGUUCGCGUAUCGUACCAGAAAUUGCUCAAGUGUUUCGUCCUCAACGAACUCAAGAGUCGACCUGAGAAGGCAAUGACUAAAAAGAAUCUCUUUUGGCAGUUAAAGGCGACGAAGUUCUUUCAGACGACAAAACUUGACUGGGUGGAAGCCGGUUUGCAGGUGUGCAGACAAGGGUAUAACAUGCUUAAUCUCCUUAUCCACAGAAAGAACUUGAACUACUUGCAUCUCGACUAUAACAUGAACUUGAAGCCAGUGAAGACGCUUACUACGAAGGAGCGCAAAAAGUCUCGCUUCGGAAACACCUUCCACUUAUGUCGCGAGAUUCUGCGCCUUACAAAGCUUGUUGUUGAUGCUCAUGUUCAGUUCCGCCUUGGCAAUGUCGAUGCUUUCCAGCUUGCAGACGCACUGCAGUAUAUCUUUGCGCACAUUGGGGCAUUGACUGGUAUGUACCGGUACAAGUACAAGCUCAUGAGACAAGUUCGCAUGACAAAAGAUCUCAAGCACUUGAUCUACUACCGCUUUAAUACUGGCCCUGUCGGCAAGGGUCCUGGAAAUGGCUUCUGGGCUCCUGGCUGGCGUGUCUGGCUCUUCUUCAUGCGAGGCAUUGUACCGUUACUCGAGCGCUGGCUUGGUAACCUCCUCACGCGUCAGUUCGAGGGAUGCAACAGCAAGGGCAUUGCGAAGACUGUGACAAAGCAACAUGUCGAGUCUCACUAUGACCUCAAGUUACGUGCGGCUGUCAUGCAUGACAUUCUCGACAUGAUGCCUGAGUCUAUUAAACAAAACAAGUCGAAGACGAUUUUGCAGCAUCUCUCGGAGGCGUGGCGUUGCCGGAAAGCGAACAUUCCAUGGAAAGUCCCUGGAAUGCCCACUGCGAUUGAGAACAUCAUUCUGCAGUACAUCAAGAGCAAAGCUGAUUGGUGGUGCUUGGUUGCACAUUAUAAUCGGGAGCGUAUCCGUCGAGGUGCUACAGUUGAUAAGGCAGUAGUGAAGAAAAAUCUGGGUCGGCUGACACGCCUGUACUUGAAAGCAGAGCAGGAAAGGCAGCAUGGGUACUUGAAGGAUGGGCCGUACAUCAGUGCGGAGGAGGCCGUUGCAAUUUACACAGCGACUGUUCACUGGCUUGAGAGCCGUAAAUUUGCUCCUAUACCAUUCCCCCCUCUGUCGUACAAGCACGAUACGAAAUUGCUUGUACUUGCACUUGAAAAACUGAAGGAGGCUUACUCAGUCAAGGGUCGUCUUAAUCAGUCGCAGCGUGAGGAGCUUGCCCUCAUUGAACAGGUGUAUGACAAUCCGCACGAAUGUCUGUCGCGCAUCAAGCGAUUGCUUCUUACCCAGCGUGCGUUCAAGGAGGCUGGUAUUGAGUUCUUUGACACGUACAACAAACUCAUUCCGUGCUACGACAUUGAGCCCGUUGAGAAGAUCACCGACACCUAUCUCGAUCAAUUCCUCUUCUUCGAGGCAGAUAAAAGAGGGUUGUUCCCUGCCUGGAUCAAACCUGCCGACAUGGAGCCACCGCCGUUGCUUGUGUACAAGUGGUGCCAAGGCAUCAACAACUUGACAGAUAUCUGGGAGACGAGCGAGGGCGAGUGCAACGUGAUGAUGGAGACCGUCUUCUCCAAGGUGUAUGAGAAGAUCGACCUGACCCUGCUGAACCGUCUCCUCCGUCUCAUUCUUGAUCACAACUUGGCAGACUACAUCACCGCGAAGAACAACACCGUGCUGACCUACAAGGACAUGGCACAUACGAAUGCAUUCGGUCUCAUCCGUGGUCUUCAGUUCUCUGCCUUCGUCUUCCAGUACUACGGUCUCGUCCUUGAUCUCCUCAUUCUUGGCUUGCAGCGAGCUAGCGAGAUGGCGGGUCCUCCACAGAUGCCUAACAACCUUUUGCAGUAUCGCGACUCGGCAACCGAGACUCGUCACCCCAUCCGCUUAUACUCCCGUUAUGUUGAUCGCUUACACAUUCUCUUCCGCUUCAGCGCAGAUGAGGCAAGGGACUUGAUCCAAUGCUAUCUUAGCGCCAACCCUGACCCGACCAACAACAACGUCAUCGGGUAUAACAACAAACGCUGCUGGCCUCGAGAUUGUCGUAUGUGUCUCAUCAAACAUGACAUUAACCUUGGAAGAGCAGUUUUCUGGAACGUUAAGAACAGCCUGCCGCGCUCACUCACCACCAUCGAGUGGGAGGCCACCUUUGUCAGCGUUUACUCGAAGGACAACCCACAGUUGUUGUUCUCGAUGUGCGGGUUCGAGGUCCGUAUCUUGCCCAAGAUUAGGACGAUGGGUGGCGAGCAGUUCUCGUCGAAGGACACUGUGUGGAAUCUCACCAACGAGCAGACCAAAGAGAGAACUGCGCAGGCGUUCCUCCGUGUCUCCGAUGACGGUGUCCAGCAAUUCAAUAACCGUAUUCGUCAGGUCCUUAUGAGCUCCGGUUCCACCACUUUCUCGAAGAUCGUCAACAAGUGGAACACUGCGUUGAUCGGUUUGAUGACCUACUACCGUGAGGCUGUCAUCCACACAAACGAGCUUUUGGGCUCUCUUGUCAAGGCAGAGAACAAGAUUCAAACUCAUGUCAAGAUUGGCUUAAACAGUAAGAUGCCAUCCCGUUUCCCUCCUGUUGUCUUCUACACACCGAAGGAGCUUGGUGGUCUUGGAAUGCUUUCGAUGGGUCACGUUCUUAUCCCGCAGAGUGACUUGCGAUGGUCCAAGCAAACUGACGUUGGAGUGACGCAUUUCCGUGCUGGUAUGACCCACGAGGAGGACCAGUUGAUUCCGAACUUGUACAGAUAUCUUCAGCCAUGGGAGGCAGAAUUUUUGGAUUCGGCUCGUGUUUGGUCCGAAUACUCCAUGAAGCGGAAGGAGGCCAAUGCCCAGAAUCGGCGCCUCACCCUUGAAGAUCUUGAAGAUAGCUGGGACUGCGGUAUUCCUCAUAUCAACACCCUCUUCCAAAAGGAUCGCCAUACAUUGGCAUAUGACCGAGGAACUUAUUUCCCUACCUGGGAGGGUCUCUUCUGGGAGAAAGCGUCUGGAUUCGAAGAGUCUAUGCGAUACAAGAAACUUACCAACGCCCAGAGGUCAGGUCUUAACCAGAUCCCUAACCGUCGAUUCACGCUUUAUGUAGUCAUGGACUUGUGUCAGGUCUUUGAUCAGGAGCUAGAGCCUCUCCAGAUCGAGACAGUACAGAAGGAGACUAUUCACCCUUGUAAGAGUUACAAGAUGAAUUCAUCUUGCGCCGAUAUCUUGAUGUUCUCAGCCUACAAAUGGAAUAUCUCUCGGCCUUCAUUGAACAAGGACGUUUUGGAUGGCACGACCAGCAACAAGUAUUGGAUUGACGUUCAGCUUCGGUGGGGUGACUUCGACACCCAUGAUAUCGAGCGGUGUACUCGUGCCAAGUUCUUGGACUACGUGUCCGACUCCAUGAGUAUCUACCCCUCACCAACUGGUGUUAUGAUCAGCAUGGAUCUAGCCUAUAACCUGUGGUCUGCGUACGGCAACUGGUUCCCCGGUAUGAAGCCUCUGAUUCAGCAAGCCAUGGCCAAGAUCAUGAAGGCCAAUCCGGCAUGCCACAUCUUGCGCGAGCGUAUUCGCAAGGGUCUCCAGUUGUACUCUUCUGAGCCCACGGAGCCUUAUCUCAACAGCCAGAACUAUUCAGAAUUAUUUUCGAACCAGAUCAUUUGGUUCGUCGACGACACUAAUGUGUAUCGUGUCACUAUCCACAAGACGUUCGAAGGUAACUUGACGACUAAACCGAUUAACGGCGCCAUCUUUAUCUUCAACCCACGUUCUGGACAGUUGUUCCUGAAAAUCAUCCACACCAGUGUCUGGGCUGGCCAAAAGCGUCUCGGUCAACUCGCAAAGUGGAAGACUGCCGAAGAAGUGGCUGCAUUGGUUCGUUCACUGCCUGUUGAAGAACACCCGAAGCAGGUCAUCGUCACUCACAAGGGCAUGUUGGACCCUCUCGAGGUUCAUUUACUUGAUUUCCCGAACAUCGUUAUCAAGGGAAGUGAGUUACAACUGCCCUUCCAGGCUUGCAUGAAGAUGGAGAAGUUCCGUGCUACACAACCUCAAAUGGUACUGUUCAGCUUGUACGACGACUGGCUCAAGUCGGUGUCCAGCUACACUGCCUUCUCUCGUCUUAUCCUCCUCCUUUGUGGCUUGCACGUCAACAACGAGAAGGCGAAGAUUAUUUUGCACCCAGACAAGUCGACCAUUACAGAGCCUCACUUCGUCUGGCCCACUCUUACAGAUGAUGAAUGGAUCAAGGUUGAGGUCGCAAUGAAGGAUCUUAUACUGGCAGAUUUCGGCAAGCGGAACAGCGUCAACAUCGCGUCCUUGACUGCGAGUGAAAUUCGUGACAUCAUUCUUGGUCAAGAGAUUGCCGCUCCCUCCGUACAGCGCCAGCAGAUGGCUGAGCUUGAAAAGAGUAAUGAGGUGCAGGACCACCAACUGUUCACAGGUGAAACGAUUCAGACUGUCACUGACAACCAACUUCAGGUGUUUAGCAGCAAAUCUGAUUGGCAUGUCCGUGCCAUCUCUGCUACACAUCUUCCUCUCCAUCUCCAACAUAUCUAUGUCUCCAAUGAUGAUAUCAAGGACGACGCUGCUUCGUACACCCAUGUAUUGCCGAAGAACAUCCUGCGGGCAUUCAUCACUGCAGCAGAUCUUCGCACUCAGUGUAUCACCAAGCAGGUCGAGGAGAUCAACGAGUACCUCGGCGUGAAAGUAACAAUAGCAUUGAGCUGCCCAACCAGUUGCCGAGGGACUGACUUCCUUCUCAAAGAUCUCGGACCUCCUGGGUGGGUCAAGACACAAGCGCUUGAACUCAGUCAUCUUUCUCCCACAGACGUCACCAUUCAAGCCAAGCUGAUGUCUGGAUCCAAGAUGCCAUACCUGGUUGCGGUUGGACCACGGCCUUCAAGUCGUCUUAGUACUAGUAGGUCCCUGCAUCAACUCUCCCCUUUUUAUAUCAACUGUUCACAAUCGCAGUAG